GGCUCGGCGGCGGUUGCUGGCGGAGCCUGGGAGGGCGAGGAGGCUAUAGUUACCUCCGCCGUCGCAUCCUCGAGGGAGUCGUGUCGCCGCCAUCCCCGCCCCCGAGCUUGUCCACCGCCUCUGGAGCUCUUGUGUGCUCCCGGGAAUCUCGCUAGCUGUCUGCCCUUGGCCUUGCGGACCGCGCCUCCAGCAGCAUGUGUGGUAUAUUUGCAUACUUAAACUACCAUGUUCCUCGCACAAGACGAGAAAUAUUGGAGACCCUAAUCAAAGGCCUUCAGAGAUUAGAAUACAGAGGAUAUGAUUCUGCAGGUGUGGGUGUUGAUGGAGGCAAUGACAAAGAUUGGGAAGCCAAUGCCUGCAAAAUUCAACUCAUUAAGAAGAAAGGAAAAGUUAAGGCAUUGGAUGAAGAAGUUCACAAACAACAAGAUAUGGAUUUGGAUAUAGAAUUUGAUGUACACCUUGGAAUAGCUCAUACCCGUUGGGCAACACAUGGAGAACCCAAUCCUGUCAAUAGCCACCCCCAGCGCUCUGAUAAAAAUAAUGAAUUUAUUGUUAUUCAUAAUGGAAUCAUCACCAACUACAAGGACUUGAAAAAGUUUUUGGAAAGCAAAGGCUAUGACUUUGAAUCUGAAACAGACACAGAAGCAAUUGCCAAGCUUGUUAAGUACAUGUAUGACAACUGGGAAAGUCAAGAUAUCAGUUUUACUACCUUGGUGGAGAGAGUUAUCCAACAAUUGGAAGGUGCUUUUGCACUUGUAUUUAAAAGUGUUCAUUUUCCUGGGCAAGCAGUGGGCACAAGACGAGGUAGCCCCCUGUUGAUUGGUGUGCGGAGCGAACAUAAGCUUUCUACUGAUCACAUUCCAAUACUUUAUAGAACAGCUAGAACUCAGAUUGGAUCAAAAUUCACACGGUGGGGAUCACAGGGAGAAAGAGGCAAAGACAAGAAAGGAGGCUGCAAUCUCUCUCGUGUGGACAGCACUACUUGCCUUUUCCCUGUUGAAGAAAAAGCAGUAGAAUAUUACUUUGCUUCUGAUGCAAGUGCUGUCAUUGAACACACCAAUCGUGUCAUCUUUCUAGAAGAUGAUGACGUUGCAGCAGUUGUGGAUGGCCGUCUUUCUAUCCAUCGAAUUAAACGUACUGCAGGAGAUCAUCCUGCUCGAGCUGUGCAAACCCUCCAAAUGGAACUCCAGCAGAUCAUGAAGGGCAACUUCAGUUCAUUUAUGCAAAAGGAAAUUUUUGAGCAGCCAGAGUCUGUUGUGAACACGAUGAGAGGAAGAGUCAACUUUGAUGACUACACUGUGAAUUUGGGUGGUUUGAAGGAUCACAUUAAGGAGAUACAGAGGUGUCGGCGUUUGAUUCUUAUUGCUUGUGGAACAAGUUACCAUGCUGGUGUAGCAACACGUCAGGUUCUUGAGGAGCUGACUGAAUUGCCAGUGAUGGUGGAACUAGCCAGUGAUUUCCUAGAUAGAAACACACCAGUCUUUCGAGAUGAUGUUUGCUUUUUCAUUAGUCAAUCAGGUGAGACAGCAGAUACCCUGAUGGGUCUUCGGUACUGUAAGGAGAGAGGAGCUUUAACUGUGGGAAUCACAAACACAGUUGGCAGUUCUAUAUCAAGAGAGACAGAUUGUGGUGUUCAUAUUAAUGCCGGUCCUGAGAUUGGUGUGGCCAGUACAAAGGCUUACACCAGCCAGUUUGUAUCUCUUGUGAUGUUUGCCCUUAUGAUGUGUGAUGACAGAAUCUCCAUGCAAGAGAGACGCAAAGAGAUCAUGCUUGGAUUGAAACGGCUGCCUGAUUUAAUUAAAGAAGUACUGAGCAUGGAUGAUGAAAUUCAGAAAUUGGCAACAGAACUUUAUCAUCAGAAGUCAGUCCUGAUAAUGGGACGAGGCUAUCAUUAUGCUACUUGUCUUGAAGGGGCACUGAAAAUCAAAGAAAUUACUUAUAUGCACUCUGAAGGCAUCCUUGCUGGUGAAUUGAAGCAUGGCCCUCUGGCCUUGGUGGAUAAGUUGAUGCCUGUCAUCAUGAUCAUCAUGAGAGAUCACACUUACGCAAAGUGUCAGAAUGCUCUUCAGCAGGUAGUUGCUCGUCAGGGGCGCCCUGUGGUGAUUUGCGAUAAGGAGGAUACUGAGACCAUUAAAAACACAAAAAGAACAAUCAAGGUGCCACACUCAGUGGACUGCUUACAGGGCAUUCUCAGCGUGAUCCCUUUGCAGUUGCUAGCUUUCCACCUGGCAGUGCUGAGAGGCUAUGAUGUUGAUUUUCCACGGAAUCUUGCAAAAUCUGUAACCGUCGAGUAAAAAGCAUCUGAAACUUGGGAAGAUUAAACAACACAAGACACCUUUUGUAUUGAAAGCUUUGAUUUAAGAUAUCACCCCCCUGGAAGCCUUUUUUAGUAAAUUCUUAUUUAUAUAUCAGUUAUAAUUAUUCCACUCAAUUUGUGAUUUUUGUGAAAUUGCUUCUUAUAUUUUUCCAGUAAAAUGUGGGGGAGUUUGAAUAAUGAAAUCUAAAUUGGAAUCUGUAUUGGAAAGAUUUUAGCUGUCUUUUUCUUUAAAGAAUGCUGGGUGUUGAAUUUAUGGGUCCCCCACUUCAAUUUAAGAGGACUGUAUAUUUUAAAAAUAAUUGGCAUUUGUUUUACUGUGCAUUUAUUCAUUCAGACCAAUCAUAGAGUUGUGCAUUUAUUUGGGCUUUCUAAAUCCAGUGGUAGUAUAUGUGAACACUUGGAUGUUUAUUGAAGGUUUUGCUAAGUUAUAUAUAAACAGAAGAUGCUGUGAUUUAUUUCAGAACUUGUUUCUAUUUUGUUUUUAAAUCAAACUGUAAUACUUAAAGGCUUAAAACUUUUCUUGGUGGGAUUUAUAUCUAAGGUCAGUUAACCUUAGUUCUCAUACUUAUCCGUUAUCUGUAGGUGGAGGUGAUUUAGGCAACAGAAUAUUAUAGUAGUGCAUUGAUGUUCUCCAAUGCACUUAUAGAGAACACAUGUACACAAUUUUAUAGCACAAACUUUAAAUUUGAAUUGCUUUGGACAAUUGGACAAUUGAUAACGUGAUUUUAAAUUUGAAGAUAGGAUGUUGGGUAACCCACUCCUUGUUUUUUCAUCUAAAAUAAAUUUUUAUUUCCUGUGUUUAUAAUCUUUAUUUUUAAAGUAACUGUUGAAUGACAUAUUUGUAUCUUGUUCUCGAAAUCACAACAGAGCUGCUAUCAAGUGUUUCAGAUUGUCAAUAUAUUCAAUAUUCUUUUCAACUUUGUCCCAUGAAAGAAUUUCCUACAGUUAAUUUUGACUUUCUUUACUGCCUUGUUGCAUAAAACUAAUAAACCUUUAGUGUCAGUUUGGAAAUUCUCUGAAAUCGUUUAGAAGAUUUGCAAGUCUUUGGCUCUUAAAUGGGUAUGGUAGGCUAGGCUAAGAAAAAUUUAUGUUUUACACUGAUAUUAGUAAAUAAAGGGCAUCAUAUUUAGUAUUCCUAGAUUUUUUCCUCUGUAUUUUCUGUGUUCUACCCUGAAAUUUAUUUAGGAAUGAAGAUGAUGUAAAUAAAGUGGUGUAAGAUGUCUUCAGCUGGUUGCGGUUACAAGUGGAAGUUGACACUUUGGGUUAAAAUAUUUAAAGUAGAAUAUUAGUUAGAUACCCCAAAAAUGUGAGUUAAAAUUUUUUUCACAGAGUUUUUUGGUUUAGAUCUUGAGGGCUAUAGGAGAGUGUGCUUAUGUUUUGGUUAAGCUCUUUCAAAAGUACUCACUUUUAAAUUGUGAAGGUGAAAUAUUUAGCAUAAUUUCGAGUAAGUUCAGUCUUUUAUUUCCUUUUUUUGUGUUUGAACUUCUUGAUGAGGUUAGGAUUUUGGAUAGCUAUUAUUGCUACAAGAGAAGUAUAAAACACUGCUUGUGCAUGAUGGGUAGAGAAAGAAGUGGCAUAUUUUGAGGUAAUUUGGAAGGAAUCAUUGAUGGAGACUAGGGAUCUCAUUGUUUUUAAAAAUAAAAUAUGGUCACUAUUUACAUCAUACACACACACACAAACACAUACAGCUGCUAUAGCUGUAUUUACCUACUUUGUUUAUAAGAUUAUUUUCUGUAAGCGUACUAGUUUUAGUAUAUGUAUUAUAUCAUUUCUUAUAUUUGGUACGGCAGCAUUUGACACGUGUAUGGGUUUGUAGCAUUAUUUUAUUGACAUACAUGACAUAAACAUAAUUAUUGUGUAUUGUUAUGGGGUACAGUGUGAUGUUUUGGUAUAUUGUAAAAUGAUUAACUCAGGAUACUUAGAUUAUCCAUCAUCUCAAACAUUUAUCAUUUUUUUUGUGUGAUAAGAACAAUCAGAGUGGUCUUUUGUAUCUAUUUUGAAUUAUACCGUUUGGUACUGUUGGCUGUCAUCACUUUCUGUGUAAUAGAAUUCCAGAACUUACUUCUGUCUGGCUGUGAUUUGUACCCCAAAUCACACUCCAUACACAAAUACUCCAAGCUAGGGUAAGUUCUAAACUGAGUAUCAAAAACCAAAUUGAAGGAUGAAGUGGUAUUUUCCAAACAUGAUUUUGUUUCCCUUUUCUCUCUUCUUGCUCUCUACCCCAUUUAAUAUUGUGAUUUUUAAAUGUUUUUAUAAAUUAAUUUUUAACACAUAAAAGGUCUUGCAGUGAGGCAAGGCUAAAUAAGUGAGCAUACCCAGUUAAAGCCAAUGUAAUAUAGACUAUUUAAAAAAAUGUGUUUUUCAGAAAAAGGUAUUCUACAAAAGGAGCUCUUUAUAUAAAAAGUUUUCUUAUAGUACAUUUAAAGUUUAAAUUCAGUCAUAUGCCGUUACCCAGUGGGCCCUUUUUAGUCAGGGGACAUCUAACACAUGGCCCAGUAAAUAAUUAUUACUUUGGAGUCAACUUUUCCACUUUAAAAAUCACAUAUACCAUAGGAUAAAUAUAAGAGGAAAAAAAAAGUUGUCAGCUCUUUUUAGUUUGUUAUAACUAUGUCAACGGUUUUUUUUUUUUUUUUUAUGACUAUCUAUUAUAAGCUGUGCAGGUCAUUUAAAAUUACAUCUUCCUUCUCAAAAAAUGUCUGUCCCCAGGUAGACUUGUCACUGGAGAAGAGUAGCUAGGUUCAUUGAAAGGCAUGGGUGCUGUGAGUUGAGUGGAUUUGUUUACUUAAAUGAUGGUCUAAGUUUGGGGGCAUAUCAUAUAUAAUGUUUAUAAGAAAUGAAAUGCAUGUGCAGAGUGAGCUGUAAUCACAGGCUAUAAACAAUACAGAGUCAUUAACAUGCAGAUGAAAAACAAUCAAGUGUUCCUGCUCCUCAGAGGCAACUGACACAGGGUAGAGUGCAGAUGGGCUAUUUCUCUUUUGAAAGUUUUCUUAGGUUGUUUCUGAGGUGAUACUGUCUUCUUUUAAAUCCGGGUCUCUUGUCCUGAGUUAGUUCUGAGGAUGGAGAAAAGGAGCCUAUUUGAGGGUCAUUGGUAAUAUUCCUCUGACAUUUAUUUCAUUACUCUUCAAAGAAGGAAAACCAGCUGAAGUGUUUGUUUUUACAAACAUAUUUUAAGUCCUUUGGGUCAGCUCUUUCUCUUAUCUUUUUUAAAAAUAUAUAUAUGUAGAUAUAUAUGUAGGAUAUUCUAUAGCAAUAAAAGAGAAAGACUGGUGUUACCUAGUUAUUAUAUGCUACAAAUUAAGUGAUUUUUCUGAAAAAAGCACAAAAUCAUUGAAAAGUAUUUAUUGAAAAAGAAUUCAUAGUUCACGUUGAAUUUGUAAAGGCCAAAGAAAUUGAGGAGAAUGGUAAAGAUAUUUCAUUUUGUGAGAUCUACAUAUUUAGUAAAUUUUGUGUACAAGAAUGACAGGCAGUAUUUUACCCACAGAAACACAUUUCAGUUUUUACUGUUAAUAGUCUCAAGUUUAGAAGUUUUAACAUAUAAAUCUGUUUUUACCCACUAUAUUUAAAGAUUGUUAAUAAACAUUUCAGUUAUCUCCCUAGCUUGAUGAAUUUAAACAUUGUCUUUAAAUCUAGGACAAUGACAACUAAUAGGACUAAUCAUAUUAGCUUCAAACCAGUAAUAUCCAGGGUUAAAAUUAUAGUUAGCUAGCAAGAUUGUUAAGUUAUGCCAUAUUAACUUGUAAGUAUGUAAUAGCUUCAUGUGGAAAUGUUACAUAAUAUACGAUAACUAAUGGUUAAUGAGAACAUCUUAGAAAUUCUCAAAUUACCUUGCUUUCUAUACUAGUUUUCAGAAUGAUUAUAGAAAUGAUCCUGUUAGCUUUUUGGAUGUUCUGUGGUUGAAUGUGUUUUUGCCUAGAUAAAACUUUUGGUAUUUGUUUAAAUUAUACUUCUUGUGAGGGGAGGGGUUAGGGUUGUUGCUUGUUUCAGUUUUGUGUUGUUUGAAACGAAUGUUCAGUUUUCUGAGCCAAUUGGUCAUUUCAUCCUUAUGACUUGUAAUUUCAGUGACUCUAAGCCAGAACUGUGAAUAGAUUACCAAAAACUUUUGCUAAGAAUUUCAUUUUGAAGCAAUCUGCCAAUAUUUAAAGCAUAUACAUGUAUGUAGUUGUUUUAAAAAUUGUAUUGUACUAAGAAAUAUAGACAUUGUUUUACUUUAGUUCUUAGUAAACAUUAGUGACACUGAACAUUUACUAAUUAACUUUAAAAAAUAAGAAAUGAUUGCAUAAAUAUUAUCAAAAGCCACAUUUCUGUAUUCUGGCUUCCCAGUUGUUUUAAAAAGGAUCAUUAGAUAAAACAAAUGCUGGAUACUCUUUCUGAUAUCAUACUCCAUAAAUAAUAUACUUUCUCAAGUCACUUUAAAUUUUUUGCAGUAAGCUGUUGCAGAUUUUCAGGAUUUGCAGUAAUCAGAAAUUUCAAGUGAAUUCAUAGUUGCAAAAGAAGGAUAUAUAUUAUAUAUAUAAUAUAUAAUAUUAUAUAUAUAUGGUAAAUGAGUGACAAGACAAUCUAAGUAGUAUCUGGGAAUCUGUAAAUUGUAGAACAAAGAUUCCCUUUACAGAAUUAUUUUAUAUACAGCAAGCUAGAUGCUUUCCCCAGUGCUCACAGCACUUGCUCAGUUUUGCAGGAGACCAGGGUGGUUGGAAUGGACAGAUGUGCUAUUGGGUCUACCCACUCAGUAGAGUCUGUGGACUCUCCCUCUCUCUCCUGUGCUCUGACUCUGUAGAAACUAAGACUGCCUCAUCAGCGUGAAUCAUGUUUUCUAAGAUCUAUCCUUUUGAAGUAAAAUUCAACCUUACUUCUAAGUGAACAGUUUUCUUUCAGUUCUUUGCAGUUGAUUAUCAGUAUUUACUGAGACCUUACUGAAGGCCAAGAAGUAAUAUCCCUAAAAGUUAAGAGGGCACUUUUCAUUAAAUGGCACUUGGAAAAAAAAUACUUCUUUAAUUUUUUUGGAUGAAGGAAAGAAGUAAAGGCUAAGUUUCUCUCAAUCAUCUGAAGGUAAACGUGCUUCUUUCAUUUUUUAAGAUAAUAUAGGAGCUUUAUUUAACCUUAUGACCAUCCUGGAAACAGAAACUAAUCUUGUGCUAAUGUACAGAAGAGUUAUCAGAAUAUGAGUCAUUUAAAAGCUGACCCCUUCCCAGGUGCUAUAUAUGUGAUGAAAUGAAUUCAUCAUUCUCUUUGGUGAGCAUGUAUACAGGAAAUUAUUUCCAAGAUUGAAACAUACUUUGUGAACUUACAUUAACAUGCUUCAUUAACUUGAAUUCCAGGAUCCACUUAUGUAUUUUCUUGUAGAGACUGCUGCUACUUUAUCCAUAUUUUCCUUUUUAUAUUUCAGGAUAUCUUGAAUAUGAACUUUGGGUGUGUAAUUGAAAAUAUGGAACUAAAAAAUGGAGCUUUUUAAACAAUUAGAGAAGUGCCCUCUGGAUAGAGUUUUUUUCUUUUCACCUAUCAUUCUGCUUCUCUGUAUAAAAUUAAAAAGAUUCUUUACAUAAUUUGAAUGGAAACAAGUGGUGUUAUUUCCACGUUUUUAAUUAAUGCAGUAUACCAAGUGAUUUAGAAGCACCCAAGUAUUAAAAAAAACAUAAACAUGUAAAAAAUUUAACGCUGUGCACACUUGGGAUUUUUACCUCUGUCACUCAGCUUUGUGUGUUUUGAGAUGGAGAUAAGUAUAGCAAGAUCAUGGGAGGAAAAUUGCCAGAAUUCCAAAGCACAUAGUAUGAUAUUCAUGGAGAAUUUCAGAUCUGUUAUACCUAAAAGACAAACCAUAACUAACCAACCCCUUUGUUCUUAAAUUACACAUUUUUUUUUUUCAUUCGUGAGACCCAAAAGUUGCUAUUCAUUAAUUCUAGAUAAACACCCAGGCUGCAGAGAACUAGAUGUAUCAGAAUCACUGCAGUUUGUUUCUGGCAAUAGCUCCCUUUCAGGUAACUUUGUUGUCCUUAUUCCAGUGUGGCCUCAGUCAUUGAUGUUUUACUAUGGCGAGGUCCGUGUGACAUCAACCCAUUAGAAAACUUGAUCCACUGUCUUCACAUAAUGCCUCCAGUAAAUGGAAAAUAUCUGAGACAAUAAAGACUUAAUUUCUAGGCAAGAGAAAUAAAAUUGUAUUAUAUUUGAGUUUCUUUCUGUUAGACUUGUCUGUGUCUAGACAGUUUUGAUUUAGGGGGCUUUUAAAAAAAAAAUCACAUUUUGUUUGUAGAAUUGUUUUGAAGUACCAAGCUUAUUUGCUUUGAAUUUUAUCUCCUGCUUUCUUAAUUUUUUUAAUUCUUUGAAUAAAAUGAUUUUUUAAAAAUUAAUUUACUUUCACUGCUGCUAUGUAGAAAUCUAGGAACUGUGGGACAUCUUUGUAGGAUUUCCAUCUUUGUUCUUAGUUGUUAACUUGGAGACCCAUGUGUUAUUAAAAUUAAAGCAUUUCUUUGAACAAAUCCAACAAAUUAAAUCUGAAAUUUCUUUA